CUGCCCGCCGCUGCUGCUAGCCUGUCAGCUAGCCACCGACCGUUAGCUCGACUGCAGCGCAGGGACGCGGCCAGAAUGACAAAGUUAAGCUAGCAGUGAAACAAAAAACUCCACAGAAAGACGAAUAACAACACUGGCAACUCUAAUGCUGAAAGCGGUGUAAGUGCCGUAGUGUUUGGAAACUUUUCUACUCCCAUGCGGACUUUAUUCAGUGUUUUAAGUCGCUGUUUACAGAGUGACUCGUAGUGUUUGUACCGGUCAGAGAUGUUGUUGCUCGGUACUACACGCCUACUCGGAGGAGGGAGAACUCUGCUCCGUGAUCCAUUUAAGAGGAUUUGCAUAAACAUGUCGUCCUCCUCUACUUCUGGUAAGAGAUUGCGGGUUCUGGUGGACAUGGACGGGGUCCUGGCGGACUUCGAGGGCGGUUUCUUGAAGAAGUACCGGGCCAGGUACCCGGAGGAGCCCUUCAUCACCCUGGAGGACCGGAGAGGCUUCUGGGUGUCGACGCAGUACGGCCAGCUGAGGAGCGACCUGUGUGAGAAAGCCAUCAGUAUCUGGGAGUCCAAAGAUUUCUUUAUAGAGCUGGAGCCACUGCCAGGAGGAGUGGAGGCAGUCAAGGAGAUGGCCAAGAUGGAUGACACAGAUGUCUUUAUUUGCACCAGCCCUAUAAAGCAUUACAGACACUGUCCCUACGAGAAGUACGCCUGGGUGGAGAAGCAUUUGGGUUAUGACUUUCUGGAGCAGGUCAUUCUGACCAGAGACAAGACAUUGGUCACCGGUGACCUCCUCAUAGACGACAAGCCUGACAUUCUAGGCGUGGAGCCCAAACCAACGUGGGAACACAUCCUGUUCACUGCCUGCCACAACAAGCAUCUGCCCGUCGGCUCCUCCCAGAGACGGCUCCUGUCCUGGUCGGACGACUGGAGGGCCAUCCUGGAUAGCAAGCGGCAGUGAGGAGCCUCCUCGCUCUGUGACCCUUGCGUCUCGGUUAGUGGAAAUUUUUGGGGGUCGCUGCCAUGACACCGACAUCACUGUCUCACCAAUGGGUGCGUAGACUCAGAGGGAUCUGCAUCAACUUGUAAAAAAAAUAAAUAAAAAGAAAGGGAGGUAAAAAAAACCACAAAUAAAUCAGAGGUUUCACACAAAGUUGGUGCACUCAGUUGGGAGAAGAUGUUCACGUAUUUGACCACAAGGGGGCACUCUGAGACUGCGUGUGAAGUCGUGUUGACAACCAAAGCUCCAGCAAUUUCAGUGAAAAAGAAUAAACAUGAGGAGAAAAUGAAUUGGUAAUGGACACACGAUGAGUCUAAAAGGACCGAUGAUGUUGAUUGAGCGUGUUGCUAUCUGUCUGCAGUCUGGAUGUUUGUUGGACUCCUAAGCUGUGGACAUUUCUGUUCAAAAUCAAACAGCUUUUGUUUUUGAGCCAUUUGUGUUUUUUUCUGUUUUUAUUUAUCUGUGGCCUUCAUCACAAAAGGCUUAAAAGUAGUUCACAGUAUUGUGUUGCAUUAAUGAGUCAGUAUAGUGAUUCACUCACAACAACAGGAAAACCCCACUACACCAUCAAUGUUUCAGUCUCCUGGAGUCACAUGUACUGGUCAGCAUAGCAGAAACUCUGCGUUUUGAAGUGACCUGGACUUACAGAGACUUGAAAAGUUUUAGUAGGUCAUUCGUUUUACUUCACAGGAGUGAACCAUACCACUGUUAUGUAAACGCACAUACACGUGUACAGGGAACGAGUUAAAGUGGCUACAUUGGUGCUCUUUUUUAAUGUUUUAUUCUUCGUAUUUCACAAUUAUCUAUGCAUUUUAGUUAACACACUGAUGAGAACGAAAUACCUGCACACACACACACACACAUGCAUGUUGCCAAAAACCUCACAACUACAGAGUGUAUGUCGCUGAAAAAUGUGUACAAAAUAUGUGAUUUUUAAAGAAGUCUAUAGCAGAUUACCUAUUGUAGAUAAAUUCAAAUGAGAAAAAUAUGUCAAAAACGACAAAGUUGCACCAACAGACAGUAUGUUUUCAGACAUGUUCUUCACUACGUUAUCUAUAGAAAUUAUCUAUGCCAUCUACAGUUAUCUCUUUGUCAUGUCUGAUAAAAUCUGCCUCGUUUCAAUUAUAUUUUAUCUUUUCUUUUUUUUUUUUUGUCGUAGCUUGUUUACAUUAGCAUAUUACAGCAGAUUUAAGUUAGACAGUUCAAAACAACUCCAGAUUCUCAGUUUACCUCCACACAACAUUUAAGUGUAUUUAAAUAUAUUUUAGCAUGUCAUUUAACAGUUUAAAAUGCACAUUAAUGGAACAGUUUUUACAUGGUUCAUCCAUGUUUGCCACAAAGCUGCAUUUUUCAGUUUCAGCUCCAAACUCUGCUGUCAGUAGAUUUAACAGGUUCUCAAAAACAAUGUUUUCUUUGUCAUGAUUUGCUUUGUUCUGCUUCUUUUAGGACACACUGUGAGUAUUUCAGAAGCUGAAUUAGAACACAUUGUGCUUCUUUAUGACAGGCCGGUUUAGUUUUUUUUGCCUGUUGCUGCUAAGUUGCUUUUUUUGGGAACGAAGCAGUAGAUGCUUAACAUGUGUUAUGGAAGAUGUACUUAGUGCUGUGCUAUGGUGCCUAGUUUAAUGUACGAAUUCAAACGUGUUGAAUUCUGUCUAUGGGAUGUUUUAAUGCUGGGAUUUUGAUCAAUUAAAACACGCACAGAAAAGAAUAACCUGUCAACCUGAGCACUGUAGGUGGUCUUCUGUUCAUUGGCGCCAUUAAAAGUGUGUUUUGUUUUCUUUUGUUUUUACGCUUCUUUGAGGUUCAAACUGUUAUCAGUUACAUGAAUUCACAGAUGGUUUUGACAAAAGUUUGGAGACUUGCCCGUCCUCGUGGUUAAACAUCCUGGCACUGGGGGGAGGGGUUUAACUAAACAUGAUGAACAUGCCUCUUUGUGCUCUUUCUUGUAAUUUCCUCUCUCUGCCGAUCAUAUCAGUUAAGAAAACAUGAAGCAGCAGAGCUAUUAAUCCAGACUGCACUUUUCAAUUUAUUGUACCAGGACAGAUUUUGCAAUGCAUGAAAAACUGCUGGUUAUUAAAUAUCAACAUUACCCUA